UCUGUCCAAGGAGGGGUGUGUGAGGAGUGCUCGGCGACGACGACCUGCAACAGUAAAGCGGGCAUUGAACAGAACGUGCAGCUGUUCCAGUUUUUUUUUCUGGGCAGCAUCUUGAGUGCGAUGAGCCUGACGCGUCGUCUCCAGCGCCCACUGUGAUCCUCCGCGUAUUUUCCUUCGUCAUCCAACUCACAAUAGGAGCCAGACAGACAGCGGGCCAUCCGGCGAAAGCAAGCCGGAAAUCGAUGCUCAUCGGCCCGCGUCCGUGCUUGUUUUGACCUGCUCGAAAAAGGAAUCCUGCAAGAAGGAUUAGCGGUCCGUCAAUGAGGAACUACCGGCUCAUCUUUUGUCACAACCUGAAGCAGCCAUAGAUGGUUCAGUGUUUCGCUGUCUAGGGAGGAGCGCAUAGGACACACUUUCACUGCUACACGACGUGAGGUCUCCACGUGGUUGUGGUGAGGAGCAGGAGAGGGGACCAUGAGGAAGAGCAUGUCUCCGUUGCCAGGCAACGAGGGCGGGGGCCCAGCCGGCACCGCCCGCGUAUUUGGCGUGCCCUUGGAGGAGGUGACGCGAACGCACACACCUGGCGGUCUCGAGGUCCCGGCGCUUGUCAAGGACAUCGUGGAGUACAUCGAGGAGCAUGGUCACCUGGAUUUGGAGGGCCUCUUCCUAGUCAACGGCAACGCUGAGCGUGUGGGCUGGCUGCGGCGUCGCUAUGACAGUGGCGAGGAGGUGGCGCUGGACAAGGAGGCAGACCUGGCGUCAGCUGUCAGUCUGUUGCGACUCUUCUUGCAGGAGCUGCCCGAGCCCGUCAUUCCGGCGCCCAUCCAGGGAUCCAUUCUACAGCUUCACCAAGAAUACAGCAGCGAGGACGAGCUGUGCCGCAACCUGAAGUUCCUGCUGCAGCAGCUUCCACAACUCAACUACGGCCUGCUACGCUUCCUGUGCCGAUUCUUGGCCAGCGUGGCAUCACUGCAAUGUGAGAGGUGGAACGUCGGUGCACUCGCUGCUGUCUUUGGACCUGACAUCUUCCACAGUCUGUCGACAGAAGGCGAGGAUCUGCGUGACCAGGAGUCCGUUAGCCGAAUCCUGGCCGAUCUGCUUGACAACCAAGAGGGCCUGUUUGAUUCUGAGGACGACGACGUCUCUACCACCAACGACUACAGCUCCAUCAACGAACAGAUCACAGAGCUGCUGGACGACGACAAGUGCGAGGCAGAGUGCGAGGAGCUGCCCCAGGAUAGCGAAGACUGUGCCGCCUCCUCAAGCUCCCCUCAACACAUUUGCUCCAACGACCCCGCCGACAGCUCCCAUCUCUCUCCUGUGCCCAUGCUGCCUGCUGACUCUGCAGAGAUCAUCGAGCGAACCAUCAGGGCAGCGGUAGAGCAGCGUUUCUUUGAUCUCAAGUCCUCCAUUGACCAGGACCUCAGCAACUUUGACAGCCAGCAAGAUGACACAGCGCAGCCUGCUGGUUGCCCUGCUGAGUGCCAGCAAAAAGUAGACCAGGAAGACACGCAGGAUGCAAUUGGGCCCCUGGAGGAGGGUUCGGGAAUGGAGCUGGACACCAUCCGAGAUCUCGAGAACAACAUCAACGUCUGCAGUGCGGACAAUCAGCCCGGUGACAGCAUAAGCUGUGACUCUUCUUUAUGCGACCAGAAUGCCAACACCAGCCAAACGUCAAGCAGGGGCCACGCCCCCCACAUCCAGCUCUUCCCCGACCACCAAUGGGAUGCACCACCUCCUACAUCUCCUCACCAUCAUGUCCACGUUCCUCCCAUAGACUUCUCAUGCAUGCACCUACAGAAAGAAGGCCAAGAACCGGUUCCGGCCUUCAAGUCGUGGCAGAACGACAGCGAGAGCGGCGAGGCCCAGUUGUCCCCCCUUGCAGGCCGCAUGGUUCCCCUCCCCCUGCUGCACCUGGAGGAUGACGGGGAUGAGGGCGAAGGCGAGCGGGAGGAUGCCUCACCCUCAUCCUCUCGCUCACACCCACACCACCUGGCGCGCCGCUUCCUGGACUUUGGCGUGCACGGCGCUCAGCACUUCCUGCAGCAGGAUGCCGACGCCACCUCGCCCACCAAAGCCCACAGGCCGAGGCGAGCGUCGUUCGGCUCCAAGGAGGCGCUGAAAGUAGGCGACCCGGUGAUGCACCAGCUCACCAAGAAGCUUCAACACCUCAAGAAGAAGAUCAAACAGUUUGAGGAGCAAUUUGAGAAGGAGAAGAACUAUAAGCCUUCUGAUGGCGAGAAGGCAGCUAACACCAAAGUCCUCAAGUGGAUGACAGACCUCACCAAGAUCCGACGGCAGAUCAAAGGACGCCAGCACCACCUUUUUCCCAGGAGCACGCUGAGGCACCAGGCUUUGCUCCAUUCACACAGGCGCCACCCUGCGCCACCCGCCCCCACGCCCCACUCACAUUGCACACUCGCCCCACACUUGGGCCCGUGUCACCUCAAUGCCAAACAGCGCGCCGAAAGCGAGCUGGGUCCUCAGACUCGUCCUCGCAGCAACACGCUGCCUAAGAGCUUUGGCUCUACGCUGGAGCAGACGGCGGUGCAGCAGGCCUCAGCGCCACAUCCCACCCGUGAAGAGACUAUGGAGCUCAUCCAGCGACGCGUGACCAGCAAGCGCCAGGAAGACGGCUGGCCCGACGACAUCAAGAAGAUGACAAAAGAACAACUAUCCUGUGAGGAGACCGUCCUCCAAAAGAAUCUGCUGCAUUAUGAGGGCCUGCACGGGCGACCGGUGACUCACGAGGAGCGUCUGGUGGUGAAGCCUCUCUACGAGCGUUACCGUUUGAUUAAGCAGAUGCUCACCAGAGUCACCAUCACGCCGGUCACUGUGUCUCCCUCCAGUAAGAGACGGAGCCAAACCCUCCAGCCAAUCAUCGAGGGAGAGACGGCUCACUUCUGGGAGGAGAUCAAAGAGGAGGAGGAGGAGCAGAAAGUGGCAGGAGAAAAAGAUGACCACAAAGAGGAAGACAAGAAGGAGGAGGAAGACUACAAUGAGGAGGAUGAAGAAGAGGAGGAGGAGGAGGAGGAAGGAGAGAGCAGUGGAGGAGAAAUGCAAGGUUCAGAAGUCAUCAUGGCCAUGGAAACCAGUGCAGGGGGGUCCAUGAGGACCAAGAUGGAGGAAGGCUCUGGGAAAAUGGCACUCGACCUGAGACUGUCCAGCUCCAACGCCUCGUCCAUGCCAGAGCUGCUGGAACAGCUGUGGAAAGCCAGAGCAGAAAAGAAGAAAUUGAGGAAGACCAUCAAAGAGUUUGAAGAGAAAUUCUAUGAGCGGAAUGGCAGGAACGUGCAGAAGGAGGACCGCGAGCCCAUGCUGGAUGAGUAUGGAGCCUACAAAAGACUCAAGGCCAAGCUGCGCCUUCUGGAGGUGCUCAUCAGCAAACAAGACUCCUCCAAGUCCAUAUAGACACACACACAAACACAAAGCAACUCCUCAACUGACCAACUCUCCGUUUGAUUGACAGCGCCUCGACUAAUCCCCAGCUCCCUGUGUAGCAUCCAACCAGUCCAAGCAUUGCGCAGUCGUCACCAGGGCCUCAAAGAGUUGUCGCUCUUGAUGCCUUGGAACUUUUUACUCGUCCUUUUAACACAAAACCUUCAAGAUUAUUUUGUGUUUUGUUGUUGUUUUUGGGACAAAACUCCCCCAACACACACAGUGGUGGUGGUUUCUUGCCGGCAGGUCCUGUGAGGAGUUUGUAAAGCUCACAAAAGCCAGCAUUUUGGAGGCAAAGGCAUUAGUGAUCAAGGUGUUUUAAAGAAAAAAAAAAGAAAGAAAAACUGUUAUUUGCACAGCGUUCUUCAGAAUGCAGCCCUGUUUGUUUGCGUGUGUGUGUUGUAAGGAUGGACUACUGUCAUUUACUACUAUAUACAUAUACUAAUAUAUGUAUGUGUGUAUGUGUGUGUGUAUAAUGCACAUACAUUGUGUAAAUACUACCACGAAAAGGAUGAAUGUCAUCAAUGUUUAAAUUAUUUCAUGGUCACCCCCAUUGGUCCAUUUUUUUUUCAUAUUUCUGAUGCCUGAGGGUUUUUUUUUAUUAUGAAUUAUUGCUAUGAUUUCUCAUAUCUGACUUGUUAGUGUGUGAUGACAAUGAUUUUUUAAUCUUCUCAGUGUACAAAGCAGCUUCCGAAUUUCGUAGUGUCUGCGUGAUCCUGCUUGUCCUGUGAUGUUUCAGAGAUUUAAAAGGAAAAAAAGCUUGCAUGCUACAAAAUAGUGACAAUGACACGUUUUAUUGUUUCUAUUAUUUGUGCCAUAAAAAAGCAGCAAUAAUAAUAAAAGUGUGUGAUCAUCUACA